AUGCCUGUCCCCAUAGCAGAACCAAGUCGCGUCGAUGUACUAGUCGUUGGUGCCGGACCCGCUGGCCUUAUGUGUGCCAAUGCCCUGGUGAAAGCUGGCGUGAAUGUGAGACUUGUCGAUAAAAGACCAGCGAGAGUUGCUGCAGGUCAAGCUGACGGAAUUCAACCAAGGACCAUCGAGGUACUCCAGAGUUACGGCCUUGCGGAGCGUCUCCUUCGAGAGGGCAACCAGAUGCACAUGGCCGCCUUUUAUAACCCUAAUCCUAAAGGUGGCAUCGAGUGUACUGGACGCACGCCUGAUGUGACUGCACCGACCGCCAGAUAUUCUCAUGAGGUUACGCUUCACCAAGGGGCCAUCGAAGCCAUCUUCCUGGAUUCUAUGAGUUCAUCGGGAAUGGAAGUUCACCGUCCCAUCGUCCCAAGUCGCCUUCAGUUAUCGGCAAGUGAAGAAGAAUUGCUGGACCCGUCGUCUUACCCUGUCAAAAUAACAUUGCAACAUCUUGACACGGACACUGCAGAAACGGUACAAGCUAAGUUUGUGGUUGGAGCAGAUGGUGCUCAUUCAUGGGUCCGAAAAUCUCUUCAAAUAUCCAUGGAAGGGGAACAAACUGACUACAUUUGGGGUGUUGUCGACAUGAUUCCAAUAACAGACUUUCCCGACAUUCGCAAUAGGACCGCCAUCCAUUCUGUGAAUGGCUCUUGCAUGAUCAUUCCUCGCGAAGGAGACAAAGUUCGCUUAUACAUACAAUUGUCUGAUAAAGAUGUUGUAGACCCCGCGACUGGAAGGAUAGAUAAAAGUAGGAUGAAUCCAGAGAAAUUGCUCGAAGUUGCGAGGAAGACGUUUUAUCCUUACAGGAUGGAUACUCCAUCGGAAAUCGAUUGGUGGACGAUCUACAUCAUUGGACAACGCGUAGCGUCGAAAUUUUCUGUGAAGGACAGAGUUUUUAUUGCUGGUGACGCCUGUCAUACACACUCCCCCAAAGCAGGUCAGGGUAUGAACGCCAGUAUGAAUGACACCCACAACCUUGCUUGGAAACUCACGCAGGUAUUGAGGGGUUGGGCAGACAUGUCACUACUGAAGACGUACGAAUCCGAGCGCCGGAAAUACGCACAGGACUUGAUCAACUUUGAUAAAGAGUUCUCAGCUCUAUUUUCGGGUAAACCGCGGACGAGAGAUAACCAAAGUGGGGUUACGCACGAGCAGUUCCUGAGGGCUUUCCAGACAUUUGGUGGUUUCACUAGUGGCAUAGGGGUGCACUAUACUCCAUCAGCCAUUGUUAACACUGCCCAUCAGCAAUGUGCUAGUAACCUCACCAUCGGACAACGGAUGCCUCCACACAUCAUCGUUCGAGCAGCAGAUGCACGACCUUUCGAAGUGCAAGAUCUGUUGCCCGCAGACUCGCGAUUCAAGGUGCUAGUGUUCACAGGCAGUGUUACCGACCCUGCUCAACUGGCGAGAGCAUUUUUACUUGCCGAGGAGAUGGAGAAAACGAAGAGCUUCUUGAAGAGAUAUCCCACAGAUGGGAAUAUUUCAUCUAUGUUUGAGAUCUUGACGAUUACCGCGGGGAAGAAAGAUGAUGUGAACUUUUUGUGUUUGCCAGCGCUGCUCAGGUCACAUUGGUCCAAAGUUUUUGUCGACGAUACGGAUGUGACAGGAAGCAAGGGAGGUCAUGCCUAUCUUAGGUUUGGUAUUGACCCCACCUGUGUGACACUCGUGGUGGUUCGCCCUGAUGGCUACGUCGGUAUGAUCGCACCCUCUCAUUCUUUUGAAGACGUAAAUGGCUACUUUGCAUCGUUCAUGAAAUCUCCCACUGCAUGACAUUUGUGUAAUCAGCAUAUCAGAUUGUACUGCGCACGUACCUAUUAUGAGUUAUGACUGAUGUAUUUUAUCCAUUAUUUUUGUCAUUUUUGUCCAUCAUGUACUAUACCGUUCAAACAACUAGGAAUUGUCAUAAAACAUACUAGCAUAAAGCGCACAAGUAGAGAACAUGUGUUUGUCGUUUCUCGAGACUAAACAUAUGAUUGAGGAUCACGUCCAUCAACUUGCACUCAACCUUUCCAACCUGGUAAAGGAGCAGCUUCAGCACUACCGAUGGGAACUCGCCGUGCACCUCCUUUCCUAGGCGGUAGCUUGACUGCCAUUCUCGAACUGCCACCGAUGGACUUUGUAGGUAGCUUGGCUGCCCUGGUUUCCACACCAGGUUUCACCUUGGUGAUACCAGAGGAGCUCACCAACCCUGAAGACGUUUUGGUCCGGCUAGGCUUAUCUCGGUUUUCUUUCUCGCCGGUUCCAUUGAUGCGAGGUUUUGUACCGUUAACAGGUGCUACAGUGGGCUCAGCUUUGCCCUUGCCUUUCUCUUUUGUUGUAAAUCUCUUGGCCGUGGGCUGAGGAUCUUUACCCUUCGCCGCACCUCUCUCCAGCACGU